GAUAUGCCUUCAAUGUACACUGUAUGCUAACUGUAACACAAAUGUAUUAAUCAUUAUUUUUCUUUCCUCCCCCAGCUCCAAGAAGAUGACACAGCUCAAAAUAAAAAUUAGGUAUAUUCUCGUAAAGUCAAGUGAGCCAUGACAUAUGAGCUCUUAUUGUGAGCACACAGGACGGUGGCAUCUUUCUAAGGUUUUUUUAUUUUCCCAGCAAUCAGUACAACCAAGUCAUCGUUAUAAGGCAUCGCCCUCUUUUGCCCACCCCCAGCACCAGGUGUGGCCACUAGCCUAUAUGAAGGCCCAAAAUUGUGUGUUCCUUUCUGCUCUGACAAUGGCAUGCCCAUUCGUGCGAGAUGUGGUGGAUGAAGAAGCACUUGUGCUGAGGAGAGCCUUCAGGCGAGAAAGGGUCUUCAGGGACCGGUUGGACCCACUGGCCUUCCCUGAUGACCAUCUAUAUGAAAGAUACAGGUUUUCUGCAGAUGGCAUCAGGUAUCUAUGCAGACUACUGGGUCCCAGGAUUAAGCACUGCACUGCACGGAGCCAUGCACUGAGUGUGGAGCAAAUGGUUUGUGUGGCCUUGCGCUUUUUUGCUAGUGGAGCCUUCCUGUACUCAGUGGGGGAUGCAGAACAGCUGAACAAGGCCACAAUUUGCCGCACAAUAAGGAGUGUGUGUCUGGCUAUCAAAGCAUUAGCAGAUGUCUUCAUCUCCUUCCCUGGCCACAGAAGACUCUGUGACAUCAAAGAGGAGUUCUAUAGGAUUGCAGAUGGUCUGCAAUGCUGACUGUGUGAUCAGCAAUGUUGUGGCAAAAUGGCCUGGCUCAGUCCAUGACUCCAGAAUCUUUCGGGCCUCUGAAAUCUAUCAGUGCCUAUCACAAGGUGAAUUCUCUGGUGUGUUGCUGGGAGACAGGGGGUAUGGCUGCCAGCCUUUUCUCCUGACACCUUUCACAGACCCCCAGGAAGCACAGCAGGCCUACAACCAUGCCCAUGCCAGGACCAGGGCCAGAGUUGAAAUGACCUUUGGCCUCCUGAAGGCACGCUUUCACUGCCUUCACAAAUUAAGGGUCAGCCCUGUUAGGGCAUGUGAUAUUACUGUGGCUUGUGCUGUCCUCCACAAUGUGGCCUGCCUGAGGAAGGAGAGGGCCCCCAGAGUGCCACCAGCCAUGGACUGGGACAAUCCGGCAAUCUUCCCUGAUGACGACAGUGGUCGGCUGCUGAGGGACCAAUAUGUGUUGAAUUAUUUUAGUUAGUAUGUGUGCUUUCAAUUUUCAAUUAAAUAUGUCCUGCGGUGGCAGAGGAAUUUGUUUUUUUUUGGGUUCGUUUUUUGACGAAUUUGGCCUCUUAUGAUGUUUGUGCGGUAUACUGUGUGUAAUACAAGGCUGCAGGGAGGCUACUGCAUCCAUUCAUUUGUCUGUUCAGUUGAUGUGUAUGGAUUUGUCCUGCAUUUAUUUUAGUGUGCAGACAUGCAGGGUGUGUUAUAUACAGACCUUUGAAUGUGUAUGUAUCAUUUUGUAUAAUAUGCUUGGAUUCUGUGCUUUCCAUCUUGUAGAGUCACUGUGACUUCAGUUUCGAAAGGAGCUGAUGGUUUACCUGCUUUGUUUUGUCCUUAUUCAAUAAAGGAACAUAAUGUUA